CCACGGUCAUAUGACAACAGGCAGUUCCUCCCAAACAUUACGCUACAGCCGCUGCUACACAGACCCCAGUGAAAAGAAAGCCAUCCAAAGUCUUGCAAAUCUCCAAUCCCAAAAUGUUGGCGCUCAUUAAUCGUUUCCUAGACUGGUUCAAGUCGCUCUUCUGGAAGGAAGAGAUGGAGUUAACCCUCGUUGGACUUCAGUAUUCGGGGAAAACCACGUUUGUCAAUGUGAUAGCUUCGGGCCAAUUCAGCGAAGACAUGAUUCCAACAGUUGGAUUCAACAUGAGGAAGGUCACGAAAGGCAAUGUCACGAUUAAGAUCUGGGAUAUAGGCGGGCAGCCCAGGUUUAGGAGCAUGUGGGAACGGUACUGCCGAGGGGUCAAUGCAAUAGUGUACAUGGUGGACGCAGCGGACCGAGACAAAGUAGAAGCCUCCAGAAACGAGCUGCACAACCUGUUAGACAAACCACAGUUACAAGGAAUUCCUGUAUUGGUACUUGGAAACAAGAGGGAUCUACCCAACGCACUGGAUGAGAAACAGCUUAUUGAAAAAAUGAACUUGGCUGCUAUUCAGGACAGAGAGAUCUGCUGCUACUCCAUUUCCUGCAAAGAGAAAGACAACAUUGACAUCACGCUGCAGUGGCUCAUCCAGCACUCGAAAACGCGGAGGAGCUGAAACCGUGGCUUCCUGUGUGUCCCAGCUUUGUCUGCUGCCAUGUUACUCGCACCCCAUCCUGCUCACUCGGUGAAAACUGUACAGUUGUCCAUCCUGCUGUUCCAUCACACUACCCUCCCCCCAGUUCUUCACAAGUGGCCCCUUCGCACCCAUCCUAACUACCAGUCCAUCUUUCAAGCCUGUCGCUACAAGAUGUUAGCCUGCAGAACCAGCGCCUCAACCUUCGACACUGCAUCUUCAGCAGAGCAGCAGAAGUACCGCCUGCUAAACCAAGAAGCUAAAUGGUCUCUCCUCUGUGAUGGGGUGUAACAGUCAGUCAGAAACACCAAGACCUGUUCAGCCUUCUUGAGGGUCCCCUCCCGCUCCUCCUUCUCCUCCCCAAAACAAUCUUAUUUGCGAAACGAAACCCGGGGGAAAAUAAAGACUCGAUGAAGUUCUGCCUUCCCCCCUCCUAGUAUGCCAGGUCUUGGCUCAUGUGCGAGUGUAAUUAUGUAUGACUGUUGCUUUCUUUUGCUUCUCUCUUUCUCGUCUUUGGCCAAAAUGUUUCCUCCUGAGAAAAACAUAUGUAAUAUUUAACUGAAAGGAACGAGUAAAUAAGCCAGCAGAUAGCUUGACAGGUAUGUACAAAUGUUGAUCAAGUAAGAUUUUUACAAAGGUGAGCAGAACUAUAUUUAAGUGAAUGUAUGGAAGGUCUAGGUGUAGUUGUUUUCCUUUAACUCAACAAUGUCUUUGGAUGCUGUUGGUAGGCUGGUCGAGAGAGUGGGCGAAGUUAAAAGUGCCUUGUGCCGUGUAUCUCUCUCUCUCCCAAGCUAAACAGUAUGCCGGGUGUGCCUGCCUGGAAUUUGACGGAAAAAAAAGACGACCUAUUAAGAAAUUAACGAAAUAAAAUAGGCAUGCUUUUAAGGUAGGUUAUUGUACUGUUGUCAUUAUCAACACAAUCUUUGCUUUGACCUCUGCGAAGAGGCAAAAAUAUUUGAAACCCCACUAUUAUCAAUGCACUUUUGUAAAUAUAAACCAAUAAAUAAUUGUUGAUGUCUAAAAGGAA